AUGCUGACCCUCGCUCCGCCAGACACUAUUAAAUUGCAUCGACAACUCCGGCGCCUCGAUCGUCGAGUGCGUGAACGUCCUGAAGAAGAAGCGGCCCGCGACAAUCGGUCAGUCUCCACGGCACUCGAACCUAGCACACAGCACAGCAAGAAGGGUGACCGGAUAGUCGUCGUCGUCCAGAAGCAGCGAUCUGCAGGCUCCGAAGCCACUACCGCCGCGGCGCUUGCCAGUAAGGUCCGCCGUGGUGAUAUUCGUCAUGCCGUUGUUGUUCGUGUAAAGAAGGAGUUGCAGCGGCCUGAUGGGUCCCUUGUCCGGUUUGGUGAUAAUGCUUGUGUACUGGUCAACAAGUCCGGAGAUCCUAUUGGGACAAGAAUGAACGGUGUGGUGGGACAAGAACUACGCAACAAGAAGUGGUCAAAGAUCCUGUCACUGGCGCCGAUCCAUGUUUAA